CAGCCAGAUGGGCUGAGGGACAGCGCGAGGUCCAGCUGUCAGCGCGGCCUCAGCCCCGCCGCGGCGGGAGCCCCUCCUCCCCGCGGGCGGGCGGCUUCGCUCGCUUCCCUGCUGGGGGGGAACCAUGGCGUCCAGCGAGGAGGACGGAGGCGGCAACGGCUCGGUGGAGGAGAAGGAGAACGGCAAGAAGAGGAGCCUGGGCGCCCUGGCCACGGCCUGGCUCAUCUUCUACAACGUCGCCAUGACCGCGGGGUGGCUGGUAUUGGGUAUUGCCAUGGUGCGAUUUUAUAUACAGAAAGGAACACACAGAGGCUUAUUCAGAAGCGUGCAAAAGACGCUUAAAUUUUUCCAGACAUUUGCUUUGCUUGAGGUAGUCCACUGUGCAGUUGGAAUAGUUCGCACAUCUGUGCUUGUGACGGGGGUCCAAGUGAGUUCAAGAAUCUUCAUGGUGUGGUUCAUUGCACAUAGUAUAAAACAGAUCCAGAAUGAGGAGAGCGUUAUUCUUUUUCUGGUCGUAUGGACUGUGACAGAGAUUACUCGAUAUUCCUUCUACACAUUCAACCUGCUCAACCAUUUGCCAUACUUCAUUAAAUGGGCCAGAUACAACUUUUUUAUAAUUUUGUAUCCUGCUGGAGUUGCUGGUGAACUGCUGACUAUAUAUGCUGCUUUACCCUAUGUGAAGAAAACAGGAAUGUUUUCGUUGAGACUUCCCAACAAAUACAAUGUCUCCUUCGACUACUAUUACUUCCUUAUUAUUGUCAUGUUCUCCUAUAUACCAUUAUUUCCACAACUCUACUUCCACAUGCUGCGGCAGAGAAGAAAAGUGCUUCAUGGAGAAGUGAUUGUAGAAAAGGACGAUUGAAUUGAGCCGUGUAAUUAUGGUGCUUUUAACGGAAAAACAAGGGUAAAAAAAACCCAAAACUUCCUGUGAUUUUUCUGAGUCCAAGUUUUAAAACAUGGAACAAGAAUAAACAACUGUGUAUAAAGUAACAUGGACUGUAUUAUUUAUACAAAUAAUAUAUCAUCAGAAUUACCUUUUCAUCUUUGGUUUCACUUUGAUUUUUAAUUGUUCAUUUCUUCAAACAUUGUUUUCAUAUUUUCAAUAGGCUGACAAAUAGCUUUAACAAACUGAGUAGUUGGCUAAUGUGCUUUCUAUUGUGAAAGGCCUUGAUGAUCUGUAGUCAUGCUGAAGAACAGAAGGAGAGUUGAUGAGUUGUAUUGAAAAUGAGUCUUCUGGAAAACAGAGCAUAAAUUAGGUAAUGAUGUUUUUCAUAGAGUAGGUGGCUUAAAUGUUAUUUAAGUUGUGUGUUAAAUUAUACCUUUACGGUUAUAAGUACUGUUAGUGUGUUGUUGAACGUUCUUUGAAUUACAGGAUCACACUGUAGAAUUCUAGAAGGAUUUUUGAAAGGAGCUGAAUUCUUGAUUGUCAGCGCAAGUUUAGAUUUCUCUAUAUUUUUGCAUCUAAUUUAAAAGAAAUGUUGAUUAAUAGAUAUAUUAACUGGUUAAAAGUUUGUGCUGAGGAGUAGUCUUGAUGUUCUUACUUUUCUCUGGUCAGUGGCUGGAACAGGACUCCUGUGGAGGAAGACUGAUUGUCAGCAUGUUUCAUAUUCUACAUUUAAUUAUGUAUGCAGAAAAAUUAUGGUAUUGCAUUUAGAAACUGUAACUACAGUGAGAUAUUUUUAUUCUUAUAAUUAGGUAAGAGGGAUAAAAUAUACUUGAAGUAAUGUCUUAAAAUACAAAUUGUGCUUUGAAUCAUCCCAUUGUGCAAUUUUAAUUGCUCCCUCCCCAUUAAUUGUUUGUAAUGUGAUUAUGUAAUUCUAAUUAACAUCUUCAAUAGUAUGCAAGAGGGAUCUACAGUGUAUUAAUAAAAGUUACAGAUGGUACUGCACUAUGUGAUACCUGAGGGAAAGAAGUCCAAUAGAUGAAUUAAAUAUGGGCAAGAGUUAGGCACAGCCUAAGAGAUCCAAAGAAAAGGUAAUGCAUUUGAGGAGACUUGGAUAGUUAGUGAGAGGAAGAGAAGAUUGAAAAGUAAUAACGUAGUAGGAAGUCUUGAUAAUAUAGGCAACAAAGUUGCUUCCAGAAUCACUAAUAUCAAAAAAAGAGAAUAUAUGCAGAAGAGCUGCAUCAGGCAUUUGGGAAUUGGAAUAUUCCCUGUGAUCACAGAGGUGAUUUCUACUGUCUUAUAUUUUGGGUACCUCGGGAGUGCAGAGUUGAGUCAAUCUUCAGAAAGGUCAGAAAACAUUAAAAAAAAUAGUUAAAGUAAGAAGGAAGUUGGAUAGGUUGAGUCAUUAAGUAUGUACAAAUUUUGGUUAUGUGACAAAUACAUGUAGAGGAAGAGGCUUUAUUAUUAUGAAGGUGUAACUAGAACUGGUUAUAUAUCUAGUGAAUGUCAGGAGAAAGAUCCUACCAGUGAGAUCAGUUAGGUUACAGAAUCAUAGAAUCAUAGAAACACAAGGUUUCAAAGGACCUACAAGAUCAUCUAGUCCAACCAUCCAGAAUGAUACAGUAAAGCUUAUCGAUGCAUACAAUUUCUUGAAAGGUUUUAAGUUGGAGGUAAUACAGUACUGGAAAACAAUCUUUCUUUGGAAGGAGUUUGAACUUCAUAGUCGAAUAGGCGGUUUCCACUUUUAGCUUUGAUGAUUAGAUGAUAAUACAACUUUUUUUUGAAAAUUGUAGAUGCAUCUUUUUCAGGCGUAUCAGGUAAUUUGAUGAAAAAGCAAGGAUUUACUACACCCUAACUUUUAAAUUCCAUUUUGUGCCUUACAUUUUUGAUAUUCACAUUGUCUUCAUUACAUGUAAAUUAGAUUCCUUUUAAAUGAUAGGUGCAUAGUGGACUUGAGAUAGAAUAACUAUAUUCCUUAAAAUUUUAAAAGGUGUAAUCUUUGUAUUUUUUAGAACAAAUAUAUGCAAGGUGCUAUAAGUUAACUUAUUACUUUUCUGUUUUAUAUGCAGCUAAAAGUAUUUAAAGUUUAAAAUACAAACCACAUUUACAAUUCUGAUUCACAAAAUAGUUGUGUUACACGUUCAGACUAGCAGUUGUAUUUGUCCAAAGUUCUUAGAAUACACUUUUAUAAACUUUACUUGCAUUUUGAUGCAUGAGGAGCAAGCAUCAUGGCAGUUUUUAGAAAUAUUUCUGAGUUAGUAAGCAGAAGAGUAUGAUGAAAUAUGAGUAAAUAAGAUUAGAUUAAGUUCUGUCUUUUUCUUUUUUUUUUUUCUUUUUUUUUUUUUUUUUUACUGUCAGGGCAGCUCACCAAAGACCAUAGCUAUCAAUUUAUUGAAAAUGCAUUGAAUACUUUCAGUAUGUGAUUUUGAAAUCCUUUAUUGGAGUGUAUCCCACAGAUACUAUUCUUGUAAUAAAAGAAAUACCUGAGCUCCAAUACUGUAUUACAUUUGUUUUCAUUGUGGCUUAAAGCUCUUAUCAUAUGACAAUCCAGGAGCUAUUUUUAUAUCCUUUUGUAAAUGUGACAUAAAAAAAUACAGCACAGCUUGUUAAAAUCUUGUUUUUCAUAAAGCAGCAUCGUACAAGAUAUUGAUAAAAUUGUAAAAGUAAUUUUCUUCUCUUCCUCUUCUUUUCUUCCUCUUCUUUUUUGGUUAAAGUCUUUCACUGAAGCCUCAGUGUAUACCUUUUGUUUUAAUAUCUUCUCUAGAGUAGUGAAAAUUUUGGGUAAAAUGGGCCAGGACUUUAUCCUUUGUAGCUUAAUUAAACUUCAGUAUAACACCAUGAAACAUUCAAUUAGUUUGUUAAAUGGACAUAAAAAGUUAAGUAUGAUUUUCUUAUGGUGCUCUCUUUCCAACUUAUUUUUGACACCUCUUUUUUGUAUUCUUCUCUGCAAUAUUCCUGGUUUGCAUUGAAAUCUUCCAGUUUAUGAGAGAUUAGAAUGUAGUCAAGCAUCAGUGUCUGUAAUGUUUUGAUGUAGUCUUUAACAAAUUGUUUGUAUGAAUAUGUUUUCUUGUGCUGUAUUCGCUUUCUGAAAUGGAUUAAUACAAAGUAUGACCUUAUAAAGGUUUUUUUUUUUUUUUUUUUUGAUGCUAAUACAUAGGAACAGGUGUUUGGAAUGAGAUUUCUAAUCAUGAAGUGACAUUUCUUACUAUUGCUAGUGACAUAAACACAUGGUCCUUUUUAUAAACUCCAGCUGAAAGCAGUUGGAUUUUUUGAGGUUCCCUAUAACACGCACGCUGGGAAAGGCUGUUCGAGGACAGGUUGGGUGAAUCACCUCCUUUCACAGCUCUGCCCACAAUGUCCGGAGGCCAAAUCUUGACAUUGGGGUGAGGCCAGUCCAAUGGAAUAUAGUGCUGAGAAAUUGCAUCCUCCACAUUAGCUGCCAGGAGGAUCGUGGAGGCCAUUGUGAACAGUAGCGGUUACGCAUCAUUUCCCUCACUUCUCUCUGCUCGGGAUUUGAGAAGAGAGACGGGCAGCUGAACAUGCUCUCAUACCCUCUGCAUAGGGAACUAAUGAGAUAGCUGAAAGGACCUCUGUGCACAAAGGGUGUGUUACAGAAAGAGGCUUUGUGCUCCACUCAGCUCUCUGUAUCUGUAUCUUGAUCUAUAAGCAUGUAUUUCUUGAAAUACUGGUAUGCCCAGAUAGCUCUGUCACACUGCUGUCAAUAGUACAGCUCAAAAUUAACAGCCUUGGAGAAAUUGUGCCGUAUGCUGUUUCUCCUAAUUCCCGUUGACCAUAACACCCGGCCAAGUCCGUGUUAAUGGGCAGAUUGCAAUGACUCGUUAACGAGGAAUUGAAUGGAGACCUUUUCCGUGACCUUUAUUUAUCCAGAAAUAUGUGCAGUUUAAAUCUAGGUCUAGCUACUGCUCUGACUGUGGUACUUGCACUCUUCAUAAUGGCUUACCUUAGUGGAUAUUUGUAUAUUUAUGUGAUUAGAAGGCAAAUAAAUUGGAAACAUUGCAAUAAACUGUAAUUUGGAAUAACUGCUGUGUUAACAGUUUCUGUGAAUUGAGCUUUUGCUUAAUUUGUCUUAGGAAAAAAAAAAAAGGAAAAAUAAUACAAGUAAAUAUUCUGCACUAGGCAGAAGGGCUUCAUAAAUCAAAAUUUCCAGGCAGGCAUGCAGUUCUUUACAAAGCAUUGGUUAAAUGUGUUUUUGAACAAAAAGAUGGAAAGCUUUUCUGAAAAUUAAAUUUUAUUUCAUAACAUAUAUUUUAAAAUGUGCUCAGAGAGACUGUAUUAUUUAUGAUCAGUUUACAAUUUAAAUUCAUGCUUAACACAGACUUUUGUAGAUGAUUAACCAUAGCCCAUUAAAAUGUUUUAAUAGAUGUUUGUUGUAAUGACCAUUUAAGAAACAAACACCUUAUGUUUCUGCAAAGCUCUUCUGUCUGUGCUCCCGUGCUCAAGUGAGUUUCAAUAACGUUACUGCCUACUAAGUUUUGCAAGGCCAUUAAAGUGGCAGGUUCACAUUUGCCAAGGAUAGUCCCUUAAUCUUGCUUUCAUGGUGGCACACCUUAAUAGGGUAUGGUACUUUUGUUUCAGUGUCUGAUACUGUAAGCCACUGAUGCCUUUUCAAGGGGUCUUGAGUGCCUUCAGUAGGACAGGUGUUAAUAAGUGUUUCAUCCUUAUUAGCAUAUUCAAAGGACCUAUCCAGUGAAUUCUUAGGUCACAGUAGGAAUAAGUCUAUAAAGUGAACUUAAGUCUGUACCAAGACAAACGGUGGAGAACCUGAAUGUUGGAUAACUCUAGCUCUCUUACAGGAGCUGGUUGUCAAGAUCAGGCCUGCAACUGCUAAUGGUUUUAGAGUUCUAAAAUGUAAAUGUGUACUACUUUCCAUGUCAUGUUGUAUCAACUGAAACAUGUUGUCUUUUUGUUCACAGUUCUCUUGCUUCUCUGUUCAGUCUUGAAUGUAUUUUGUGUCCUUUCAGAUGGCUUUGUAAAAGUGUAAGUACAGAAAUAUUUAUGUAAGCAUAUCAUGUAUAGAUUGUACUUAAAGAUUCUUAAAAAUGUAAAUGCACUGCAGCUGUUCAUUAUUGUUAUUUUUCCUGGAAUGCGUUAUUAUCAUUAGCAGUUUACACAGACGGGAAAACGCUCAAUAUGAUACUUUUAAUAACUUAUUUAUUUGUAAAGAUCGUAAGAUUUGAUGAGCUAGAGAUUCAGAUACUUGUUUUAGAGAUUGCUAAAUUGCUGUAGCACUGUAGAAAUUCAUCAUCAAUUAAAAGCCAUAUUUUAAACUGUGUUCUAUUUCAUUUG